AUGUCGAAAGCAGAAUUAAAUCAUCAAGCUGAAAAAGAUAGCAAAGGAGAAACAACAGAAGCCUAUAACCAUUUUUCUCUAGUACGCAAUUUUCAUCUUGCAGACGUUAUUACAAUAGCAAAUGGUGCAUGUGGCUCUUCUUCAAUUUUUUCGAGCAUAAAAUAUUUGAUCACACGAGAUGAAAAUUUUCUUUGGAUAAGCUUAUUUUUAAUGCCAUUAGGAAUGAUAUUUGAUCUUUUUGAUGGGAAAGUAGCAAGAUGGAGAAGGACCGCUAGUAUCUUGGGACAGGAAUUGGAUUCUUUAGCGGACUUGAUAUCAUUUGGUGUUGCUCCAGCAGUAUGUGCUUUUGCGGUUGGCAUGCAAACUUUCUUGGAUUCAGUUAUUUUAAUAAUUUUCAUAUCUUGUGGAAUCGCUCGUCUAGCACGCUAUAAUGCAACAGUAGCGUCCCUUCCCAAAGAUAAAUCCGGCAAAGUUCACUAUUUUGAAGGCACACCAAUACCAACGAGCCUGAGUAUAGUUGCGUUAAUUGCUUAUCUUGUUAAAAACAAACGUAUAGAUGAGAAUUUACUUGGUGGGAAAAUUGAAUUACCUCAAGGUUUUACAUUUCAUCCUUUGGUUUCAUUAUAUGGAUUGAGCGGAAUGGCUAUG